AUGGAAUGUCAAACUCUGCCUUCAUAUAUGGAAAUCGAUCAUAAAUCUAGAAAAUGUGAUAAAUGCAACAAAUCGCUAGGGGUUUAUGGUUGUGAGCGAUGUUAUGUAAAGAAAUUUGAACGAAGCUUUCAGAAUUACAUUGGUUUUAAAAAUUCGAUAGAUGAAUUUACUGGAAACAAUCAAGCUAACACCAUUAGUAUGUGUCGAAAAACAGGGUGGGUUCCUUGCAAUGAAGUCAUAAAUGUCAAAUGUCUUCCCAGGGGAACGUUUGGAAUUGUGUUCACUAUGUCAAGAAGUUAUAAGGAUUUUGGAAACAUUAAUCUGAAAUUGGUUGAUGAGAUCGAAGAUCGGUUGGCAAAUUUCAAAGUGAUUGGCUUUUGCGUUAUUGAACCACCCAAUGCUAAAGAAUGUAUGAUGAUUAUGCAAAUAGGAGACAAUGGAACCCGUAAACAGGUUUUAACGGGACCAAAUUUGGACAACGGAUUAAUUCCAUCGCAAAAAAUCACAAAAGGGUUAGGUAGAAUUGGCGGCAUCCAGUCAAUAGGAAAUUGUGGUAUCAUUAUUUUAAGAGAAAAGACUUUCUCUCAUAUAUCUAACUUUGGAUUAAGUAGAUCCGUCGAACAAGUUCCAACCUUCAAGCCCGAAAGUGAUUUGCGUGAUGCCCUUACCCUUUUACCAUCGGAAAUCUUAUCUGUGCUUAUGACCAACAAACAUUCUCCCAAAAGCAUUAUGAAUGAAAAAAUCACAGGAACUCAGUCCCACAAUGACACGCCUUAUAAGUCAACGCUACAAAACAACACUCAGUUGUCGAAAAGAUGUUGGAAUAAAAAUCCAAUAAAUCAGCUUAUUUUAUACAGGUGGAAUUCCACAUGCCAAAGUAAAGAUAUCGGAAAAGAUCAUUCAAAAAAUUCACCAGAAUCAAUUGAAAACGACAAAAAUUCCAAAUGUUCACAAGAAAGCCACGCAAAUCAAACCCUGAGCAUUGAUAAUUCUUCUAAUCUUAUGAGUGUCAAUCUACUACUGUCGUCACAACCUGUAACAGACGUAAAUUGCAACUCUCAAGGAGAAGCAAGUUUGGAAUCAAACGUUGAAAAAGUUAUUAUUGACCCAUCAUCCAAUGAAGUUAAUGAUGGAGAUUCAAAUGAAGCAAAAAUAUUAAAAGUUGAUUCCUACACUUCGAAUUUAAAUUUAAAAAGCGCUAUAGAUUCAAAGAAAAUAAAAACCAUAAGGUUUCAACCAAACAAAUCAACGCACAUUCAAUCUCCGCAUUUGAAAUCCAGCAAAAACCUGAGAGAGACAAAAAUUCCAAAAUUCAACAUUCAAAAAACGAAUGUCAUUCAACCAUUACGCCCAAACCUCAUUACAGUAUCAAAUUCCAAUAAAAGUAAGAUUCCAAAGUUUCCCCCAACUUCUCGGCUUGCACAUCCGAAAUCUGCCAUAGAUUCAACGAAAUCAAAAAUUCCACAGUUUGGAUCUAAUAUUCAAGCGAAAGUUCAACUUUCUCGUUCAAUGACCAUCCCGAGAAUUGAUUCAAAGAAAACCAAAAUUCCAAAAUUCCGACUAAAUACUCAACCUUCAUAUCCCAUCGCAG